CCUGCAUAUGUCUGGCUCAUAGUAAACUGUCUCCGUUGCAUCGCUGUUGCCACUAUCGCACACAAAGUAUUUACCAUGAACUGGACCGGGGGCAGUCUGCAGCGCCUGAGAAACACGAAUAAAGGCACUGUCCAAAAGCAAAAGGCACACUUCGCCCGGGCUCGCACUCGCCUGCAGAGCGGGCCGCGCAGGAGCAGUCCACCGGUCCCACCAUCCUAUAUAUCCAACAAUAUCCCAGUUGGAAAAGACACGCCGGACAACUCUAGAUUCGGCCGCGGGCAUGGUGGAACGCUGCAGCACAAGCACAGCAAAGUAUCAAAUUCACUGGCCAACCGGAGCCCUGAGGUUGCAGUACAUGUGCCCAGCUUGUAUGGAAGAAGUCGCAACUUGCACCGGAAGAGUAGAGGCAACUCCAGGCCCGUGUCCGAAACCAGUCAUGAGCGAAAAAGAAAGAGAGGAAAAGAUGAGCAGGACUCAUCUAGCAUACUACUUGACCAGAGACAGACCCUGUUGAGCCAACAUAACUGGGUAGGCUUAACGGUCUCGAAGCCAGCGCAGUUGCGCAUCGAACCGUCGAAGGAGAAGGAAAUGAUAGGAAAGCGCCGUAAGAUCGAGGAUUGUACACAUACCAUCUCGAAUGCGCCAGGAUUUCGACGCCAAAGAACGAAAGACGAUGGGAAACUACUCCAUAUGGCCGCCUCCCUACCAUUUGAAGACGUCGUGAUCCAGUUUGGAUCAGACGCAGCGAAGACGCAGCCAAGUCCUGCGCAAUCCCAGCCAUCGUCGACACGCGACUCCUUUGCUACGAUGCUAUUUGAUAACGACCAUUGGCGGCCGUCUGGUUCACUCGUGGAUAGGCGAUCUGCACGGGGCGUAAGCCAGGUCUCUCAAAAUUCCAUAGGGGUCCUUGUCGAGCAUCCUCUGCGUAGGGAUGAAACGCAGGAAAAUCGAGCUGUUAGCUGGAAUGAAAUAGGCUCAAUACCACCUGCGAGCCUAGACGUGGGCUGCGAAGGCGAAUUUCGUAAUUCACAGACACAUAAGCUCAUCAAGCACUCGACCACGGCAUCUUCACAAGCGGGCGCGCUUCACAGCCACGAUAUCACACAGCUUCAUGAAGGUAGCACUCAGGCAUUGCGCUCCAUGGUUGACCGAACCUCUGUUUCUCUACCGUCCAGAAGAGAAUACCAGAUCGGUGAAACGAGUCAUGCGAUUGCCCCGGCUAAUGCAGCGUUGUGUGAAAAGGGCAAGAACACCCAGCACUCAAUGGGUAGCAUCCCAUUGAUUGAAUCACCUCAAUCUAGUGACUAUUGCCUUUGGAAAUCAUUAGUUCCCUUGGACGACCGCUCCAGUGUUGGAUCAGAACCAGAUCUUUCAAAACUUGGCGAACCAGGUCACGAUGGUAUUGAGCUACACCGGAAGGCUCCCAUUAUUAUUGAACCCGAAUCUUGGUCUCAGAAAGCCACGCAAGAUGAAGAGACGUAUGCUGGUUUAACUCAACUUGCUUCGACAUCGUUACCCUCCCUUACGCCAUAUUCCGACAGGCGCACAGGACUAUGUUCAGAGGACUUGAGUGGCUGGGGUGGUGGCCUUGUCGAAGAGCCAUAUUACCAGCAUGAAGACGUAGACAAGGACGAAAUGCUGUGGAGGCCAUAUGUCUUUGGCAGUACCGAUGCUACACCAUGCGGGUUGAACGAUGCAAACGUAGAGGUUGCGGAGAAAGAGAUGACAGCUGGGAGAAGGGUUGCAGCAUGCAAUGCUGUAAGCUCACUCAGCUGCUCACCGGUCAGGUCCAUCCUCAAAGGCCCUAAAGCUGCCGGCUGCAUAAGCGACAAUGCACAACAUGGAGCAGCCCGUGCGCCAUCAUCAACGUAUUCAGGGUCCUUGCUGUCGGCGAUGACUUCGCCCGUGGUUGUUAUCGAUGGGUCUAUAAUGGGCAACAGAAACCGCAAGGGAAUCAGCAGAGGAGAGCGGCUGGCUGAGCAUAUGGAUUCAUCAGGCCAGCCACGAAUGAUACGGAGCUCGAUUCAAAAUAACGUGUCGUGUAGCACUGGUGCAAGUUCCACAAGUAAUAUCGGUCCUAACGUUUGA